GUUAAUCCUGAAAGUUUGCGGAAGUUUGGUUUUAUAUGUGAAGUUAAAGUCCGUCGGCAAGAAGAUAAAAUCACGAAGACGCCUAAUUUUUUCGGUGCAAUUCAAUAGAUGGACCUCCGUUCGGAGAAAAUUCAGCGGGUCCUCUCUAAGUACAAAUUCCAUGAUGUUGCUGUUGAGGAGCUGCAGAAAAUCCAUCGCAUCUACCCUGGGAUGAAGCCAUCCACAGGCACAUACACAUUUACAGACAACACCCAAAAAGAUCUCCUGAAAUUGAUUGGCAACCUCCCUGUCCAGUAUGAAGGCCGCACCUACAACUUCCCCAUUCAGCUGUGGCUGAUUGACUCAUUCCCCUUCACUCCUCCCAUAUGCCUCCUGAGACCAACCCCUAACAUGGUCAUCAGGGUGGGCAAGCACGUUGACGUUCGAGGACGGAUCUUCCUGCCGGGGCUUCACAACUGGGAUUAUCCCAAGUCAUCCGUGGUGGAUCUUCUGACUGAGAUGAUUGCCAAGUUUGAGGAGGAUCCUCCGCUGUCCUCAAAGACCACAGGAAACAGUCAAGACCCUCAUGACCUUCUAACUUUUGUCUCCAAUCUCCAGAUCAGUGAUGGUUCAGCCAGACAUCACAAACAACCUCUCAACCAAGUCUCAGUGAUCGGGGGAGGAGAUUUAGGAAUGGCAUCAGUGAUGAGCAUUUUAUCGAAGUGUAACGUGGAUAAACUUGUUUUCAUUGACGUUGCUGAGAGUUCCACCAAAGGCGGCAGUACAGAUCUAGAGAUAUUCAAUCUGCCCAAAGUUGAGGUAGCCAAAGAUUUUGCAGCCUCUGCAGGGUCCAAGGUCGUGGUGGUGACAGCGAACGCAUGGAGCGGCGAGCAGUCCUAUGUCAGUGUGGUUCAGACCAAUGUGGACCUGUACAGAGGAAUCAUCCCAAAUCUGGCACGUCUCAGCCCCACAGCAGUCAUGCUCAUCGCUUCACAACCAGUGGACGUCAUGACCCAUGUCGCCUGGAGGCAGAGCGGCCUGCCUCCGACGCAGGUGAUCGGAGCAGGAUGUAACCUGGACUCAGAGCGACUUAGUCACAUUCUGGAUAUUAACCUGAACACUCACAAACUAGCGUGGGUCAUAGGAGAGCUUUCAGACAACAAAGUUGCUGUGAUGAGUAACACCGGGCUGAGCUCCAGUGCGCAGCCAGAGAUCGCAUCAGGAUCCAGCUCUACCAAACCAUUGUUAGACAGAGCGUUUGAGCUCAUGAAGAAUCGAGGCCAGCGCUCGUGGUCUGUGGGUCUGUCCGUUGCUGACAUCACAAACAGUGUCCUGACAGAUAAGAUGAAGACCCACUCUGUCUCCACACUGGCUCAGGGCUGGGGUGGCAUAGGUACAGAGGUGUUCCUCAGCCUGCCGUGCAUCAUGGGAUCAAAGGGUUCCACUCGCUUGGCUGGAGUGUCACUCGGACAGGAGGAAGACUCCAAACUGCGGGACAGCGUCUCCUCCCUUUCUAACCUCAUGAGUCAGCUCAGGAUAUGAAUUUUGCCUUAACUGAGCCGCCUGGGAGCAGCAGCUGCUGCUUACUGGCAGGGCAGUUUUCCAUUCAGCACCCACACUAGAUGGACUCUGCCUGUACCGACGUUUAAUGCAGUUUCAGUUAGCUACUUAAGACUGGUACUUAUAAUUACUGUCUUCAAUGUGCAGACUUUAAUCAUAAGAUUUGUCUCUAUAUUGUCCUUGGAUACUGUGUAUUAAAUGUGGGUUUAAGUAAUCAGAAAUAUCAAUGUGCAGAUUGCUCCGAGAAGUUAUUGUCUUUGUCUCUCACAAUUUGGAACAUGUUAAAUGAAUGCACUGUUGUGUUUUUUGAAAGUCAUGAAAUUCUAUGCAAAAGCAUCUCACAAAUAUUGUUGUUUAUUUUUCGGAUUAACUAUAUUUUUGCUAGGAACAGCUCAAGUUGAAUUUGGCCUACACUGCUUUUACUACAGAUGUGUGCUAAUGUCAUAAUAUAAUGUAUUUUUUUUAUACUAACCCAUACUUUAAUUUCUCUGGAGAAAAUCAAGAUGUUUGCAGAUGAAGUAUGAGGCAUUUAUAUUAUAUAUAUAUAGUAUAGGGUGCUGGUGUUGAGUCAUUAGAUUGCCUCAUUGAUGAAGUACAGCUCAUACACUUUCAUGGCCUUAUUAACCGUCAUAUUUAAUGACACAAAAAGCUUUGUGGAAUGACCAUAUAUUUAAGAUGCCUUUGCUCUUACUUUUGUUUGUGUGAAAUACUUUGCACAGCUUGAACCUAAGAUAUGUACAGUAAGACUACAUGAUUUUGUGGGGUGUGCAAUAAAUAUCUGAAAC